AUGCAGCCUCAGGCCCUCAGUAGGAGGAAUGUCCGUAAAGCAAUGAAUGAGGGUAAGCAGUGGCCUGACACUCCCCAAAGGGUUCCUUACAGUCAGUUUUAUAAGGAGCAUCCAUAUUUGCAAUCUAGAACAAUGGAAGUAUCUCAGCGUACUUGUCUGGUCGCUCUUUCAUCAAGCAAUGAUGGAUUGGGCAGAGGAGCAGGAGCUAUACUGGGUGAUCCCCUCACUCCCUCCCAACAAUCAGCUCCACAAGAUAGCCAGGUAGCAGGACAUCUUGGCCAGCAGAUGUUACCCAUUGCAGAUGUCAAAGCAUCAGUUGAGAUACCAAUCACUGCCCAUGAAGACAACAGUGAAGAACACAUGUUGGUCACCUUGCACACAGUGCCAAAAGGUCAGCAAUGUCCAGCAUCAGGUGGAGGUGAAAACAUGGCACAGCUAGCCUCAGUCACGGGCAUCACCAGUGACAGACCCCCUAUCUCCGAUCUGACAACACUGAGUACCUUGGACUAUAAAUGUAUUCAGGAUCAGUUGAUUGUCUGUACAAAACCAAAUCUCUCACAAGUUACCGGUGUGCCCAGGGUGCCCUCAACGUUCCUAGUAGAAGAAAAUCUACCAAGCUCACCGAGUGCCAGGCUGCACGUAGGUCCAAGACACCAAGCAGUGUUCGGAGAUUCUUUCUGGGAUUGUGACUCCGGGAAAGAAAGUACUCAAGGCAGGAGAGAUCUGCCAAUAGCCGACGGCAAAAGUCACAUCAUUGUGUUGUCUGGUCCCGGUUUUGACCCUGAAGACUGGUCUGAGACUGAAGCCAGUGAUUGGAUCCCGAAUUUGUAG